UUCUUUCGGUCUUUCUGUGGGAAACAGCCCUCGAUACCCUAGGAAGAGUGUCCACACCUGUUAUACAAAAUGGCAGACAAGGACAGUGUGGAAAAGUAUUUGGAGAACAACCCCCAGUUUGCCAAAGAGUAUUUUGACAAGAAGGUACGGGUGGAGGUCAUCACAGCCGCUUUCGCCGAAAACCUUAACAUCAAAGACCCGUCCUCGUACAAAGAUGUGUCUCAGAUCCAGGAGGCCACCAUCAUAUUCGACCUGAUCAAGGAGCUGCAGUCUGAGCAGGUCAUGGAGAAGAGCAUGCACAAGGUCCUGCAACGGAUAUGCUUGUUGGUGAACGCGGACCGCUGCAGCUACUUCACAGUCCGAGCCAGAAACGGAAUCCCUGAGCUGGCCACAUGUCUUUUCGAUGUCACCCCAACCUCUAAAUACGAGAGCAACCUGGUAAACUCGUCGGCCGAAAUUGUCUUCCCCACCGAUAUGGGCAUAGUUGGGCAAAUGGCCACGGCCAAAAAAGGAGUUAACAUUCCAGAUGUGAAGCAGCAUCCCAAGUUCAGUGACUUUGUGGAUAAGCAAACAGGAUACACUACCAAAAAUAUGCUGGCGGCCCCCAUUUUGAGUGGAAAGGAUCCGCUUGGAGUCGUCAUGGCACUGAACAAAGUUGGAGGCACGGAAUUCACCAAAGCAGACGAGGAUCUCUUCAACAAGUAUCUUGACUUUGCCUCAGUCGUUGCUCUUCAGCAUUACACCAAGUAUAUGUGGAAUGUGGAAUCCAGAAGAAGUCAGGUUCUUCUCUGGUCCGCUAGCAAAGUGUUUGAAGAACUGACGGACAUUGAGCGACAGUUCCACAAAGCUCUGUACACUGUGAGGACCUACCUCCAAUGCGAGAGGUACUCUGUGGGGCUACUGGACAUGACCAAAGAGAAGGAAUUCUAUGACGAGUGGCCGAUUAAACUGGGUGAUGUGGAACCAUACAAGGGUCCCAAGACACCUGACGGCAGGGAAAUCAACUUCUACAAAAUCAUUGAUUAUCUCUUAGAGGCUAAAGAAGAGAUCAAAGUCAUACCGGGACCUCCUGCAGACCACUGGGCCCUUGUUAGCGGCCUCCCAACCUACGUGGCUGAAAAUGGCUUUAUUUGUAACAUGAUGAACGUUGCCGCUGAUGAUUACUUCACGUUCCAGAAAGAAGCUGUUGACGAGACAGGCUUCGUCAUCAAGAACGUUUUGUCCCUCCCCAUUGUCAAUAAAAAAGAGGAAGUCGUUGGCGUCGCCACAUUCUUCAACCGGAAAGAUGCCAAGCCGUUUGAUGAGCAGGAUGAGCAGAUCACUGAGGUGAGACUACCUUCUCCGCAGCUGCUGCUUUGUUCAUACGAUUCAUCUGACUCUCUACGCUUUUGCACAAUUGACCUGUGGCUCUUCAAAACCAUCUUGCAGGCCCUCACACAGUUCCUGGGAUGGUCAGUGCUCAACUGUGACACAUACGACAAACUGAACAGAACCGAAUGGAAGAAGGAGAUUGCACAGGAGAUGGUGAUGUACCAAACUAGAGCCACCCUGGGGGAGGUCCAGGAGAUUCUGAACACGAGGGAGAAGUUUGACAUGGAACCGGAGGAUUGCGAUCAGAAAGAGAUGUACAAACUCUUGAGAGCAAACAUACCUGAAGCCAAGGAUGUGGACCUGCUGGAAUUCCACUUCAGCGACUUUCCUUUAUCUGAGUUCGACCUUAUCAAGUGUGGUAUCCGCUGCUUCUUUGAACUUGGUGUGGUGGAAAAGUUCAAAGUGCCAGCAGAGAUUCUGACCAGAUGGAUGUACACAGUCAGGAAGGGUUACAGAGACAUUACGUACCAUAACUGGAGGCAUGGCUUCAAUGUGGGCCAGACUAUGUUCUGUUUACUGCAGACCGGAAGGCUGAGAAAAUACUACUCAGACCUUGACGCCUUUGCAAUGGUAGCGGCUGCUUUUUGUCAUGAUAUUGACCACAGGGGUACCAACAAUCUCUACCAGACAAAGAGUGCUUCACCUUUGGCCAAGCUUCAUGGGUCCUCCAUCUUGGAGAGACAUCAUCUUGAGUAUAGCAAGACUCUCAUGGCAGAAGAGAACUUGAACAUUUUCCAGAAUCUACAAAAACGGCAGUUUGAAACUGUACAGCACUUACAUGACGUUUGCAUCAUCGCCACUGAUCUGGCCUUGUACUUCAAGAAAAGAACAAUGUUCCAGAAGAUUGUUGAUGCCACAGAACCAAUGGCAGAUGAAAAAGAAGCCAUCGCCUAUGUGUCCAACAACCCUACCAGGAAGGAAAUUAUCAUGGCAAUGAUGAUGACUGGCUGUGACUUGUCUGCUAUCACAAAGCCAUGGGAGGUCCAAAGCAAGGUGGCUCUGAUGGUAGCUGCUGAAUUCUGGGAGCAGGGAGACCUGGAGAGGAAUGUGCUUCAGCAAGAGCCCAUUCCCAUGAUGGACAGAAACAAGUCAGAUGAGCUGCCCAAGAUGCAAUGUGGUUUCAUUGAUUUCGUCUGCUCGUUCGUCUACAAGGAGUUUUCGAGGUUCCAUAAGGAGAUCACCCCGAUGUUUGAUGGCCUGAACAACAACAGAGCCCACUGGAAAGAGCUGGCUGACGUUUAUCAAGCCAAACUUGAUGCCAUUGCUAAUGAGAAGAAGAAGCUCGAGGAAGCAGAGACUAAAAAAGAUGGGGAAGGAGGGAAGUCCAAAACCUGCACCAUAUUUUAAAAAGGCAGAGUUGGAGGGAAAGCUUGAUCACCCUAUCACAAAUGACAGCAGGUGGAAAGUGCUCCUUUUUGGACCAUGUGACUCUCACCAGCUUCCCCCCCGCCCCUUCUGUCUUUCUGUGACAUUCAAGCAAACAGUAAUUCCAUCCGUCAUGGAUGAAAGGAUGGACUCUAUGCACAGCUUCUCUUGUGGAAGCUGUCAGCGCAGAACACCUACAAAACUUGAACAACGCACAUGGUCUGAUGUUUGUUUUCCUGCUGUAUGAUUAGUUCCUAAGAGAGAGAGAUCGCAGCACUUGCAGUAACUAUUGCAAGAAAUGUUUAAGGCACUAUCGUUUAGCAGGUAAAGGAUAAUGUUUGGAAGGAAAUAAUUACUGUCAAUGCGAUUUACGUUCCAUGCGAUCCAUAAAACUUGAUUAAUGAGUCUAGAGUUUAGACAGGUUCUGUUACUUACACAGGGAGCAACACAGUGAGAGCCAGUACCAAACAAGGGCAAAUUUUAUUAGCUAAAAUUUAUUAAUUUAUUUAGCCUACCUUGUCUUGCACAUUACAGAUAUAUGAUGAUUGAGACAAUAUAUUUUUGAAUCACUGUUAACUGUCUACCUUUUCUACGCUUUUCUCUUUAGAAGUUGAAACUGAAACUGAAAAUACAAUCUACGCAACUUAUUGACUCUAGAAUCACUGGUGACUGCAUUUUUGCGUGUGACAGUUGCACAGUGUUGUGACCAAAUGUUUGACCUUCCACUUUGACUAUUUAAUGAGACUUAAAUGUAUGUCAAACAUAGUUGUUAAAGUUUUCGUUUAAUCGCAACAAAUAUGACAUGGCGUACAUAUUACAUAGAACGUACAUUUACGAUAGGACAUUAAAUGUUUACCUAAUGGGAAAUUUGGAAGUCAUUUGGAAGAAUCUGUGGUAAAUCUGUAUGUAAAACCACAAAAAAAGAAAUGGGAUAUUAAAGGGACAAUUCUAUUAAACUUUUAAGUUUGAAGAUUGAGCAAAAGAGAGCAAAGAGUAGGCAAUACUAAAGUACUGUAAGAAGGCUGAACUGAACUGAGCUGAAGAGGAAGCUGAGAUUCACUGUUUUCUAAUGCUUAUAUAACCUAGGCCCCAGGAGGCUCUCCAUGUUCGCCAUGAGCUGGAGCACAUGCUUAGCAAUCAGGUACAGUCUGGUCAAAGGUGGUGAAUUUUUUUGUGGCGUAUUUGAGGACAAGUGAGACAAAGCAGGUAGAUAAAGACUGAAACAGAGUGUCAAAAACAGAAAAAAAUGAACGGUAAUUCUGGAGAGACACCAACACAAACGUGGUUCUCAGACCACACCUUGCUGGACCUGAAAACAGUGCUUUAAUCUCAUUGUCCAACACAGUGCUAGAAACCCCUUCAUGUUCUGCAAUAUACACCUGCUACCAACAAGAUGGCAAAUCAGUGUAGACCUUUAAAGGGUAAAUCAAUAUCAACAGGACAUUCUGAAGCUGGAACACUUUCCCUAGAAUGGCAUUUCCCUUAAUCCUAUUUAAAGACAGGUCAGACAGAAGGGACUGUGAUAAGAAUAAAAAAGGUUAAUUUCACUGAAUGGACACAAAUUGUGUACAUUCUGUGGUUGUUGUGUAUGCAAGCCACUGUGACAUGUACUACUGAUGUAUCAUCCUCUUGAGAGACUGUAGAAUUACUAUCCAGUGUCCUCUUAUUUAACGGACUCCAUUGGAUGUGUAAAAUGCUGUAAAUCAUGAAAACAAAUAAAUGCAUUGUUCAAAUGUC